AUGGGAAACAAAAAGAAAGAGCAUCUUAUUAGCGUACUUGAUGACUUCAAAGUCUUCGGCCUUCCUUAUAAACAAGGUAGAGAUAAAAUGCAUGAGUUCACCAUGUAUAUUUUUCUUCCAGAUGCUAAAGAUGGACUUUUAGCAGUAAUUGAAAAGUUGGCUUCAGAAUCUAGUUUCUUGAGUGAUAAGUUUCAUCAACAAGAAGUCAGAGAAACUUGCAAUGAAACCUUAACCUUAGGCCUUAGCAAUUGGAAAACUUGGUUGUCAUUGGACAUGUCAAGCGAAAGAGAGGCAACCAUUCAAGAUAUCAGAAGCAUCAUUGUCGAGUUUCCAACAUCAUGGCGGGCUUUCAUUCUUUCAUUAUUCAUUGCCAUCUGCAAAGGGCAAGAUGAGCCGUUUCCUUCCAACGAUGCUCAAGUUUCUUGGCCAAUGGUUGUUGGUGUGGCAAUUUUGAUUAUAUUUGUUCUGGGGAUUAUUGUGACCCUGCGGUUCUGGUUUACAGAAAGGCUUCCAUACGAGGAGAGGGGCACAAGUGAAAAAUCAAAAUCCAAAAAAAAGAAAAAUAAAAAGAAAGGUAAACAGAUCAUAAGUGAUCUGAUUGAUAACGGUGGACAGGGAUCAAAUACGCAGAUAGGUAACGAUGGGUUGACAGAUGUUACACAACUGACAAUAUCUGAAGAUCAACUAGGACUUGGAUCAAAUGACACUGUGAUUUAUGGAGGCACAUAUGGAUAUGCAAAGAGACCAGUAGCAGUGAAGAAAAUUAUUAAUGACCAUCACAAAGAAGCGAUUGACGAAAUGGAAAUUUUGAUGAAGUCAGACAGUCAUGAGAACAUAAUUAGGUUCUUUGAUAUAAAAGUGGAUAACGACUUCCACUACAUUAUAUUGGAGAAGUGCGACUGUAACCUCGGAGAACUGAUUCGGUACUUCUCACCGGUUUCACCAAGCUCUUCCAGCCACCGAGGUUCUAAUGAUUUUCUUGAAAGAGUUAGAAGAGAAUUGAAUCCAGAUCUAGAGUGUAGUAAUGGAGCGACUUCUCCUCUCUUAAUGAAGUUACUCAAAGAAAUAGUGGCGGGGCUAAGACAUCUGCAUGAGCUAAAUAUCAUACACGGAGACAUCACACCGGAAAAUAUUUUAGUAGUCAGAGAGCGGAACACACUGUGUAUUAGAAUAGCUGAUAUGGGCAUCAGCAGAGCACUUCCGGUGGGUCAAAGUUCACUAGCAAAGAAGAAUUCAGGCAUGGGAAGUGUUGGCUGGAUGGCACCGGAAGUCCUUUCUAGUUCACGCCAGAAGCUUGUGGUUGACUCCUUUAGUCUAGGUUGUCUAAUAUUUUUCUGUUUAACUAGUGGGGGACACCCCUUUGAUCCGUUGUUGGAACGGCAGAAAAAUAUCAUGUGUGGUGUAAGUAAUAUUUCCGCUGUUCAGCAUUCGCCGGAAGCCUUUCACUUAAUUGAAGGCUUAUUAGAACCUAAUGUUGAGCGAAGGCUCACUCUCCAGAAUGUUUCAAAUCAUCCUUUUUUCUGGAAUCCAAAAAAAUGUCUUGACUUUCUAAGGGAGGUAAGUGAAAGACUGGAUAAAGCGCCAGCAUUUAUUCUAAAUGACAUUCAGCUGAUCGCUGUUGGGAAAGGUUGGACAGCAAAAUUGGACGCCGUUCUACUUAAUCAACUCAUUCCACCAUCUCAUCAAACAAGUCUUACAUAUAACGACCAAGAACCAAGAGACUUGAUCAAAGCUAUACGCAACAAGUAUUGUCACUAUGGACAGCUGACUCAACCAGCAAAGAGACGUGUUGGGCGACUUCCUAUGGAAUUCUACGAGUACUUUCGGUCAAGGUUUCCUUCAUUGCUGAUUGAGGUUUAUAAAGUAAUUUCCAUGCAUUGUAAACAAGAGCAACGAUUUAGGAGCUUCUUUACGGAUGACAUUUAG